UAAUCUCAAGCCUCGGGUUUAGGCUCUUAAGCAAUCACGGAAAACGACGUAAACUUUUUCUUAUGGGAAGCUCAGAAACUUAAGUUUGCAUUUCGGUUGCAGCCAACAAUUUGGACAUGUAUGAGAAGUUUUUCUUCUAAAACACUUCUUCUACAUGUAACAGUUAAGUGGCUUGUGAUCUUGAAAAUGCCCUAGUUGGAAAAUGGUGCUGGACAUUUCGGGCUGAAGCAGAAUAUUUGGUGAGAGAGGGAACCCGUGUCGUGAGAAGUGCAUAUGUUUGAUAAUGGCGAUACGUGAGAGGAGGAGAGGGGAGGUGAGGAGUGUCGUGGUGUAGCUUCUGUUAGCUGUUCGCUUCUUUGUGGGGCUCCUGUUGACCCUUGCUUCCCGCGUUAAAAGUGUGAGGGUGGCAGGCAGAGAAAGAGUUGCUUGCUCAGCACUACUACUUUCCAUUACCAAUCUGCCUUGAGCUCUACAGACUCUGAGUGAAGAGGCUGCAACAAGGCUAUUUUGCUUCAAUGGGAAGCCAAUUUAGCAAAAGGGGAGGGGAACCACCUCAGAACAUUCCGAUCAAUGGCAAUUUACACAUUGCAUCUGAACUGAAUUCUUAUGAAGCUGCUUGCCAGCUUGAUCCAACCCUGCGGACAUUUGAUAGUACAUUGCAAGUGCGUACCAACCGGGCAAUUAAUAGUAUAGCUAACGGGGUUGAGGUUAGAGCUCUUUCUUUUGAUUCACUGAAGGAGAUAACUGGAUGUCUCCUUGAAAUGAAUCAAGAGGUUGUUAAAGUGAUUUUGGAGUGUAGAAAGGAUAUCUGGAACAGUCAAGAUCUCUUUGACCUGGUUGAGGAGUACUUUGACAACAGUUUGCAGACACUAGAUUUCUGCACAUCACUUGAAAAUUGCUUGAAACGUGCCAGAGAUAGCCAAUUGAUAAUCCAGGUCUCUCUACAGCAGUCUCAUGAAACAGAAGAAGGAUGGUACCAGAGGACAUUAGAGGAACUGAGAAGCUUUAGGGCUGCUGAGAGCCCGUUUACUGAAGAAUUCUUUAAACUUUUCCAAUCUGUCUAUACACAACAAGUUUUGAUGUUGGAGAAGUUGCAGGCACGGAAGAGCCAGCUUGAUAAGAAGCUAAAAAGAGUGAAAGUGUGGAGAAGAGUGUCUUCCAUUAUAUUUGUGGCUGCCUUGGCAGCUGUUUUAAUCUGUUCAGUCGUUGCUGCAGCCAUGUCCGCUCCUCCUAUUGCUGCAGCAUUGGCAUCUGCUACUUCGAUACCCUUAGGAUCAAUGGGGAAAUGGGUUGAUUCUUUAUGGAAACGCUAUGAGGAUGCUGUUAAAGGGCAGAAAGAGCUCAUCCAUUCAAUGCAAACAGGAACUUAUAUUGCUAUCAAGGAUCUUGACAAUAUUCGUCUCCUCAUUGGUAAACUAGAAAAUGAGCUAGAAUCGAUAUUGCAGAAUAUUGAUUUCUCCCUACGGGAGAAUGCAGGGCAGGAUGCAAUUAAUUUGAGGAUUGAUGAGAUAAAGAAGAGAUUGGCAGCAUUUAUGAAGAGUAUCGAAGAUCUGGAACAACAGGCAGAUAGAUGUAGCAGGGAUAUAUUGCGGGCAAGAACAGUGGUCAUACAGAGAAUUAUAAAAAAUCCAGGCUAAAGAUGAUGCUCCCAAUAUAUCUUGGUUCUAAUGCAAUCUUCUUCCUCAUUUGCCCCACACAUUGAGGUACUGCAGCUACCAUGCAUGAGAUCUCACUGCGUUAUUUAAGCAUAAAGGUCAUGAAGUUAAAUAUAUAUCCAAGGUUGUCUUGGACAACUGUAAUAAUGUUCUUGUUUCCAAUUAUGAGCUACUUUGAAUUUUUGUGUUAUUUGUUGGGCAAGUAAUAUGCAUAAUGUACUGAACUUA